GAUCCCUAACUACCUACUACAUUGGUUACAUUACAUUGUAUUUUAUUUGUGACAUUUUUUUAUAAAAUAAAAUAGAUCUCCAAAAGAUAACCUUUCGAUCGAUAACUUAAUCCGAGAUGAUACUGCUAAAAGAAUCAAAGAUAUUGUAAGGGUAGAAGUUUCAAGUGGUUGAAGUUAGUGAUAUUCAAGGGAUCGUUGAAUACUUAUUUUUAUUUGGAUUUAAACUAAACUUAUCGCUAUGUCCGGAAGAAAGAAAGCUCCUCCACCAGCAUUCAAUCUCAGGAUUCAAUCUCCAGAACCACCAGUGACUCCACCUAGGAAUUUAGAUAAACAAACUACUAUAACAGUCGAUGAUAAAACAUUUACUGUACAUGCUGACGAUCUUGUGAAGAUAUGUGAUCUUGGACGUGGUGCGUAUGGAGUUGUGGAGAAGAUGCAUCAUAAACCUAGUGACACAAUAAUGGCAGUCAAGAGAAUCACCUUUAACAACCAAUCACAGGAACUGAAACGACUGCUAAUGGAUUUAGAUGUAUCUAUGAGAGCAAGUGCCUGCCCAUACACUGUACAUUUUUAUGGUGCAAUGUUUAGAGAGGGAGAUGUAUGGAUUUGCAUGGAAGUAAUGGAUAUGAGCCUUGAUAAAUUCUAUACAAAGGUCUACAAGAACAACCAAACAAUACCCGAAAAUAUCCUUGGAAAAAUUGCAUUUUCAGUUGUAAGUGCCUUGCAUUAUUUGCAUUCAAAAUUGAAAGUUAUACACAGAGAUGUGAAGCCAUCAAACAUUUUAAUUAAUAGAAAGGGGGAGGUAAAAAUGUGCGACUUUGGUAUAUCAGGAUAUUUGGUGGACUCUGUUGCAAAAACAAUAGAUGCUGGUUGUAAGCCUUAUAUGGCACCUGAAAGGAUCGACCCUGCAGGCAAUCCUGGCCAGUAUGACAUACGUAGUGAUGUGUGGUCUCUGGGUAUUUCAAUGAUAGAACUUGCUACUGGUAACUUUCCUUACAGCUCUUGGGGCACACCAUUUGAACAGUUAAAGCAAGUUGUGAAAGAUGAUCCCCCUAGAUUGCCCAGUGGACAGUUUUCAGCAGAGUUUGAAGAUAUGAUUGUAAAAUGUUUGCAGAAAGACUACAAACAGAGACCCAAUUAUGAUGCAUUGUUAGCACAUCAGUUUUGUCAGGAGCAUAGUCAGAAGGAGACUGAUGUAGCUUCCUUUGUACAGGAAAUACUAGAUUUGCCAGAUGAAUCCUAGUAAGAAACUGUAUUUUAUUAAGUACCAUUAAGUACAAGUGUUUAGUGAUUACUAACAAUAAUGUAGAUUGUUACUGGAGAGAACUUUGUUCAAAUUGUUAUUAACAAGCUAUUAUUUGUAUAUGUAAUAGUACAAAAAUGGUUUCAGAUGAGACUGUUGUGUAAUACUUAUUUUGAUUUUUGACAGUGAAAAAAUCACUUGGUUUUUAUUCAGUUGUAUAGAAUUUUGAAUACUUUAUGUAUGUAUAUAUCAAUAGAUAGGAUUUUCCGUAAUUGCAAAUAUAAUAAUGCAAUUAUCAUUUUGUUAGACCUAAAUCUGAAGGUCAUAGAGUAGAAAACAUGAAGUGUAAUAAAAGGAAAUAAAAUAUGUAAACACUCGAUUAUGUUUAAGGGAAACUAUUAUGAGUUAUUUUAACUGACUGUAUGUACGUCUUUAAUAUACAUCACAAAUUAAUUAGCCUUAAUAAAAUUAAUUUGUUUUC